CGCUUAACGUUAACGUUGAUCAAUGCAUAUCAGAAGCUCGGUGUCCAGCGCGUCGGCAGGAAGUACCGACGGAUCUGAAGUCAGCUUGAAAAUUAACGGUCCCCGUUCGGCUCCUGUGUGGGAUGUGCCAUGUACUUUAGCUGGAGAUGAGAAUGAAACCCAGUCGCAACCUCCUCCUGGGCCUGUGCUCCAUGCUGGCCCUGGGAUUCCUCUACUACUCGUCAGGGAGAAUCAGCUUACAAGGCUGGGGCCACAAAUCACUGUAUGACAAGCAAGGGUUCCUUCUGAAGCUGGAUGGUAGCCUGCCUUUGGAGCUGAUCUACAAGUACGGCAAUCUCAGUGAGGGUGCCUGCAAGCCUGGUUUUGCAGCUGCCAAGAUGACUGCCAUUUAUCCAAAAUUCACUAAACUUGCGCCCAUGUUCCUCGAUUCAAAUUACAAGCGGUUCUCCAAGAUCGGUGAUCAUUCACCUCCAUUUGGAGUAAAAUCACAAGAGAAGAUCAUAGAUAUUCUUCUUUCAGCUACUAAGAGCUACAGCCUUGGAGAAGAACUUGACAGUAUGAGCUGUAAGACAUGCGUCGUCGUAGGGAACGGAGGAAUCCUCGCCAACAAGUCUCUGGGACACAGGAUUGAUCAGUUUGAUGUUGUGGUCAGGUUAAAUGAGGCCCCAGUGAAAGGCUUUGAGAAAGACGUCGGCUCCAAGACCACCAUGAGGAUCACCUAUCCAGAGGGGGCCAUACAGAAGACAGAACGCUACGAGACUCAGUCUCUAUUUGUCCUCUCUGCCUUUAAAGCUCUGGACCUCAAGUGGCUUCGACACAUGGUCUUCAACCAGAGGCUGCGCAGCACUGAUGGCUUCUGGAAGUCGGUGGCCAGACAUGUUCCAAGGGAGCCAAGCGACAUGCGCAUCUUGAACCCCUACUUCAUCCAGGAGGCCUCCUUCAAGCUAAUAGGCUUACCUUACAACAGUGGACAGAUGGGCAGAGGGAAUAUCCCAACCCUGGGGGCAGUUGCCAUAACGAUGGCCCUUCAUAACUGUGAUGAAGUAGCUGUGGCUGGAUUUGGGUACAACAUGAGCACUCCCCAUGCCCCAUUGCACUACUAUGAGAGGAUUAGGAUGUCAGCCAUCAAAGAGUCCUGGACUCACAACAUAUCUAAGGAGAAGGAGUUCUUGGUGAAGCUGGUGAAGGCUGGAGUCAUCCAGGACUGGACCAAUGGGAUCUGUGGUGCAGGAUGCUGAUGGUCUGCAGCACAGCGAUCACUCCCGCCUGCUCCAGCACCUGAAGAGGGACACCCAAGGCUCUGUAGACCAUGUUCCCAGCAGAGAGCAGCAGCUGUCACACACCAUGGUCACUGCAGGGUCAGGCCAGGCCGGGACACUCUGCCCCAGUGUUGCACUUUGACAUGUUGCAAUUGGCCUCUGCGUUUUAUCACAAUAUUUAGCUUGUCCUAAUUGCAGGUUAGUCUGUAUAUACAUGGAUUUGGUGCUCUGGCUCAGGGGUCUGUCACCAGUGUUGGGGAUCAAACCAGCACCUGAACCAGAUUGCUCUCCUCCUAGCCCUGCUGCAGGCUGGAGAGAGGAGAGGAUGAAGAUGUUGGGUUUAAACAUUGAGCCUCUGCCAAGAAUACCUCUACAAGUGUCCUUCUGCUUACACAUCUGAAUGUAAUCUGCAUCAAACCUAUAGUCACUGAUUUAUAUCUUCCAGCCUCUGUAUUCAACAGGGUGCACACUACAUGACACAAGCCAGCCGUCCUGGACCUUAAAGGCAGUCAGCAGAGCUUGUUUAGUUGAGUGUAUCAGAGUCAAUAUGAAGCUAAGGAGCUUCCCCAGCAGCAACAUGGUCUGUCUCAUGACACAGAUGCAGAAGGGUCAGGUUAUGUUUGUUGGUGUGAGGCAGCAAGGUCCCAUGAUCCCUCAAGACCUCACCCCCCCCCCCCCCCCGGUGUCCACUGGAUGUGCACUCGUGAAUGUUUGUAAAUGACAGUUGAUUUAAAAUGAUUUUUUAAUGAUGCAUUUCAUUUGUUGAC